AUGGCCAUAAGCAUACUCGAUAGUGACAGAAUAUACCGUUACGAGCUUGAAGUGUUCAUUAAUCACAUGGAUUUCACGGUCCAGGGGAAAAACGCAAAGAAAUCACGUACCAAAAACGACGAAGAAUCCGUCAAAAUAUCCAAAUACACUAUUAAAAUAACAUUGGACGAUCUCCUGGAAACCGAUAUCUCCAACAACGAUAAAGUGAAGGAAAGUUCCGAAGACCAACUGCUUAAUUAUUACGACGAUUUGAAAGAAAAUAAUUCGCUUUACGAUAUUACGAAGCAGCUUGACGAUCGAUAUCACGUAGACGAGAGUCCUGUCUGCAACUUAUCGGCUCUCUGUUAUAACAUCUCGCAAAAAGAAGACGGUAGAUCGUUCAGUACCACAAAGUUAGCAAUGGGUAAAGGAGUUGUUUAUAUUUUUGCCUGUAUGCCAAGGAUAUUAAUAACCAUAUUGCAGAAGAAUCCUCUGAAACUGGCCGUCUUCGAGGAUACGGAGGACGGGCAAAACGUGUUCGGCGAGGUGUUCAUCGCGUUGAACAGUUUGACGGGGUUCACGAACGCGAUAGCGUAUCAUUUUUACGAGAAGGGAUACGGCAAGCACGUUCACGCUGUGGAAGGAGUGCACGCGGCCACGGAUGGGGCCGGCGAGAAGACCAACGUGGAGCUGUCGGUGGCCGUGCGGUUGACGUGCCACGGGUCGGAGGGACGGGUCGACCGGUUGGCGCUGAGACCGGACGUACGACCGCGGCAGCUGCAGCCCGUGUACGCGGACCCGAACACGUUGGGUAUCGCUUUCGACGGACGGCCGAUCAGACCACGGCAGGAAAUGACGUACCUGGACCACGUGGACGACGCGGACCUGGACGAGCCACUCCGCUGGUGCAGAAGGGUUCAAGAAUCGACCAUAAGUAACACGUGUUUCAGCCCUUGCAGUGUAUUGUUGAGAAAUAUCAGAAGAAUUUUAACCGAUGACGAGAAGGAGCAGUACGCGGCAGCUUGCAAGUCGAUCAAGAACAGCGUCAACGACGACGUUAAAACUGCACCACAGACAAUUUGUACGCAGCAAACGGCCCCGGAUCAUUGUUCGGAAGCAAAACAUUCACAACAAUAG